AUGUGGUUCUACAGUGGAGUGGUGGCAGUGUUUUUUCUUGCCCGGAUGUGCCUGGCAGAAUGGCCAGAUCCUCGUGUUCUGCACAAUCUGACGAUAUUUGUGGAUGAAGGAUGUACCAGCGGCUUCCCGCAGUUCGGUGACGAUGAGAGCUAUAAGCUGAACACUACUAAUGGCGCUGCCGUCCUCAAAGCUAAUCAGGUCUGGGGUGCCCUGAGAGGCUUGGAAUCAUUUGCACAGCUCUUCUACGAUGAUAAUACAAAAGUGCGAGAAGCUGAAAUUCGUGACUAUCCAAGAUUCUCACAUCGAGGAGUUUUGCUUGACACAUCCAGGCACUACUUGUCGGUGGAUAUACUCAAAGCGAACAUUGAGUUGAUGGCGCAAAAUAAAUUCAACACCUUUCACUGGCAUAUCGUUGACAUCGAGUCAUUCCCGUACCAGUCCAAGGCGAUCCCAACGUUGAUUCAUGGCGCCUAUACACCUAGGCACAUCUAUACACUAGACCAGAUUAGGGAUAUAAUAGAUUAUGCGCGAUUACGAGGGAUUCGAGUGUUGCCGGAAUUCGAUACACCCGGUCAUAUGAAAUCAUGGGGCGUAGGCAUCGAGGGUUUGUUGACCAAAUGUUAUGAUAAUCGUGGUGCUGUGAUUCCCGGUAUGGAGAAUAUUUUGGAUCCAACGAGCACAAUCACUUGGGACACGUUGACUGCUCUUUUUGAGACCUAUGGGUUGAAAGAUGGUCAUGGCUUAGAAGUAUGGUAUUUCCAAAAAUUACUCAAACUUCUUCACAGUCUACCGUCUGGCGCUAGUAAAAAAUAUCUUGUAUGGCAAGAGGCCAUAGAAGAAACAGAGCAAACAAAAGAAAAAAUCGUGGAUAACGGUCUGGUAGCACAUAUCUGGAAAAGUAAUGAUAAGUUGAAGUAUGCAACAGAAAAUGGUUACUAUGCAAUUCUUUCGGCGUGCUGGUAUCUUGAUUACAUCUCGGCAUCCGCCGAAUGGAUCACUUACUAUCUGUGCGAUCCUCAGUGUCUGAAAGGAGCUGCUGCUGGGCAUUUAUUCUAA